AUGAUCCCGUUGGCCUGUGUGAAAUCAGUGUGGUUGUACCUGCGAACUAGUAGCAGUUCUGCAGCCGGCGGAAGCGUGGUUUUAGUGUUCACUGAUGGAAAAAUCGCUGCUAUACUCGGUUGUGAUUUUGUCUGGAACCCCAGCACGCAUUGGGGUGAAGUUCCGCCCGCGGGAGUCUCCAAAGCCUGCUCGUCGUGCGUGAGGACCGCUGAUGCCGAGGAAGCGUGCGCGCAGUGCGAGCAGCUCGUCUGCCGGAACUGCAGCAGGCUCUGCGGCUGCUGCAGCACCGUUACCUGUGCUCUGUGCUCCACUGUCGAUUAUGGUGAUGUUGGAGAGCAAGUUCUCUGCAAUGGUUGUUCAAUAUUUCAAGUCUGAAACUUGAUGAAAUAGCCUUUAUGGUUAAGACGUCCGUAAAUUUCAUGAAGUCUCCUUACGGCUGGUCAAUUAAUUCUUUUAGCAUAUGAAUUAUGGAAUAUCUAUGUUUUGUAUCUUUAUAUUGUACUUUUUAAUACUGUAGCUAAAUAAACUUUUAUAU